UAUAUUGGGCCAUGUGGACACAGAUGUGAAGUUUGCAGGACAGAUUUCGCUUUGGCUGCAGGGCUGUUGGCCUCUCUUUCUUUUAUCUUUCUGGUAAAGAAAGCCAGUAGGAAUAUAAAGCCACCUUAGGAUCUCUCUGCACUGGAAAUUGAAUAACCUUACCCCACAGAAAAAAUGAGUGAUCAUCUGGAAGAUGGUUCUUUCAUGUUCACUUCAGAGUCCGUUGGAGAGGGACAUCCAGACAAGAUUUGUGACCAGAUCAGUGAUGCUGUCCUGGAUGCACAUCUGAAGCAGGAUCCCGAUGCCAAAGUGGCCUGUGAGACGGUGUGUAAGACUGGCAUGGUGUUGCUCUGCGGAGAGAUCACAUCUCGGGCCGUCGUGGACUAUCAGAGGGUGGUGAGGGACACCAUCAAGCACAUCGGCUACGACAACUCGGAGAAAGGUUUCGACUACAAGACAUGUAAUGUGCUGGUGGCCCUGGAGCAGCAGAGUCCAGACAUUGCUCAGGGGGUCCAUGUUGACCGGAAAGAAGAAGACAUUGGAGCUGGAGACCAGGGUCUGAUGUUCGGCUAUGCCACAGAUGAGACGGAGGAGUGCAUGCCGCUCACCAUCGUCGUAGCUCACAAACUCAAUGAAAAGAUGUCUGAACUUAGACGCAAUGGCAUCGUUCCCUGGCUGCGUCCCGACUCUAAAACACAGGUGACCGUGCAUUAUGACCAGAAGGAUGGAGCUGUGAUCCCCAAGAGAGUUCACACCAUUGUGAUCUCUGUCCAGCACGAUGACGGCGUCACUCUGGGGGAACAACAGAGAGUCCUAAUGGAAAUGGUGAUCAAACCCGUGGUCCCUGCAAAAUAUUUGGACAGCAAAACCGUCUACCAUCUCCAGCCAAGUGGUCGCUUCGUCAUUGGAGGACCACAGGGUGAUGCUGGUGUAACAGGAAGGAAGAUUAUUGUAGACACAUACGGUGGCUGGGGGGCUCACGGUGGCGGAGCUUUCUCUGGCAAAGAUUUCUCAAAGGUUGAUCGCUCUGCUGCCUAUGCUGCUCGCUGGGUGGCCAAGUCUCUGGUUAAAGCCAAACUGUGCAGGAGAGUUCUGGUUCAGGUGUCUUAUGCGAUCGGAGUGGCCCAACCUCUUUCCAUCUCCUUGUUCACCUACGGGUCCUCUCAGAAGUCAGAGUCAGAAUUGCUCAAGAUUGUCAACAAGAACUUUGAUCUCAGGCCAGGAGUCAUUGUCAGGGAUCUGAACCUGAAGAGGCCGAUUUACCAGCAGACAGCCUCUUACGGCCACUUUGGCCGACCGGAGUUUUCUUGGGAAGUGCCCAAAAAGCUUGUCUUGUAAAUACUCCACCAGCCUGUCCUGAUCUCCACCUGGAUGCUGAACAAGACUCCUCUUCAUGGACUACAACUUCCAGCACCAAUACAACUGAUUGAACACUUUUGUAACAGAAAAACAAAACAAAACAACUGAAACUAAAGUUAGGGAGGGAUAAGUCAGCUUUCAAGAUGUGAGAAGGUAGUUAUACGUGUGAGCAGUUGUAGCCAGCAGACAUAUGAAGGGACAUCCUCCCAGUGAGGAGAGGGACAUUGCAGAUGGCAUCUCAGUAACUAAUCUUUUUUCACUGUCCUUUCUGAGGCCAAAUAACAUCCAGGUAUCGGUGCUUUAAAAAUACACAUACAAUCACUAGUCAAAGUCAGUAAAGUAAAGGGACAGUACAAUAGUAAAAUAUAAAUACUUCCACAUCACUAGCAGCAGUGUUUUACCUCAAAGCUGUGAAUUAUUAGUUUUGUUUUGUUUCGGGGGUUUUUUUUUUUUGGGGGGGGUGUAAUUACCCCCAUAAGAGGUGUAAUUACUGCUCAACCAAAAACGUGGCUUAAGAAACCUUAUUGUCAUGACUAUAAAAAACUGUUGUAAACGUGCCACAGGAAGUUCUUUGCACUACUACCAUUCCCACUGUGUGAGAUAACAGGUCAAGUUCGGAUCUCUGGAGGCAUAAAUUAUAAGUCAAAAUGUAAAAUAGCCUUGCGGCUAUUUCAGCCUUUCUUUUUUUUCUUUAGUACUUGCGGGCUUUCUGCUGUAAAUGUGGCUCAACUUAGCAAAUAAUUAGAAGUGUGAAUCUUAGUCUGAAUCCGUUAGCAUUUAGCGGACCACCGAUGUCUUAAAUUUGCUGUGUUUUACAACUUUAGAAGCACACACUAGCAUAUAUCACACUUCUUUAAAAAAUACCUUUAAGAAUAUUUCAUUUUGGCCCAGCUUUUUGGCAUUUAUUAAUGACAGAGUAUGUAAUUAGAUCCUUGAGAAGCACUUCUGAUGGGAUUAAGAAAGUCUUAAGAGAGAAACAAAAACCUCAGGACUUCAGGGACGUUUUGGUGGCGAGUGUACCAAACCUGUAAGUUCACCUACAGCUGACACUGUUUUGUUAUAGGGGUUUUCCUCUGUUUGAUGUCUUAUCUAUGAGUGUCACCUUCU